GCUGAGAUGGCUGCUGGACUCUGGGUUGCCCUGUCUGCACUCAGGGUGCUGCUUCUCUUGCUGUGUGUUGAGCCCUGGACUGAGGGCGGGAAGGUGCUGGUGGUGCCCAUGGAGGGCAGCCACUGGCUCAGCAUGAGAAAGGCUGUGCAGGAGCUCCACGCCAGAGGCCACCAGGCAGUUGUCCUUGCGCCUGAGGUGAAUGUGCAAGUUAAAGGAGAUGACUUCUUCACCCUGAAAACCUAUGCCAUUCCAUACACCCAGGAGGAAUUUGAAGACUUCUUCCUGCGCCAUAACCACCUGGUUUUUCAAACUGAACAUUUUCUGAAGACAUUUUUUAAAACGAUCACAAUUUCUCAAAAUGUGGUUGCAUUCUAUCAAAGGUCUUGUGCAAGUCUUUUGUAUAACAAGGACCUGAUCAGGUAUCUGAAUGAUAGUUCCUUCGAUGUGGUUUUAACUGACCCUUUUAAUCUCUGUGGGGCAGUGCUGGCCAAGUACCUGUCAGUUCCUGCUGUGUAUUUUUUGCGUUCCGUUCCAUGUGACUUGGAUUUUGAGGGCGCGCAGUGUCCAAAUCCAUCUUCAUAUAUUCCCAGAUUGUUUACAAAGAAUUCAGACCACAUGACAUUUCUGCAAAGGGUCAAGAACGUGCUCUAUCCUCUGGCCCUGCAGUAUUUUUGCAGUAUUUCUUUUACUCCUUUUGCAAGCCUUGCCUCUGAGCUCUUUCAGAGAGAGGUGUCUGUGGUGGACAUUUUCAGCUAUGGAUCUGUGUGGCUGUUCAGACGAGACUUUGUGAUGGACUACCCCAGGCCAAUCAUGCCCAACAUGGUCUUCAUUGGAGGCAUAAACUGUGCCAACAGAAAGCCACUCUCUCAGGUCUGUAUUGAUGCCCUUAUUCAAUCAGUGUUCCAGAUGGAACACAUUUUUUUAAAACUUACUUUCAAGUGCUUACUGAUCUACCAAUCUUUCUAGAGAUGUCUACGUCUCAUUCUCCUUUGAAUAGCAUUCUGUGAGAUGAACUAUUGAAGUUUUGACAGUAGGGUAGUUCAUAUUUGGCCAAUGAGAGGAAUCAGAGGGGAGUUAAAGGUCCAUAACGUGAUUUACAAACAAUGAUGUUCCUAAACCAAGAUCAUCCAUUUGUAAAGGCACUGUCUUCAAAGCUGUGCAAUUUUCUUCAGCUGUUAGGGGCUGGAAAUUGAGUCAUGGAAGCCACAAUUGUAUGUAAGGUAUGGCAGGUAUAGCACAUUCCCUGGGUGUCACUGGGGCUGAGGGGGCUGACAGGGGGAGUACCAAUGAACAGCUUCUAUUAGCCAAUGUAAUUUCCAUGGUCAGCUGUGAAAGAUUAUUCAUGAGUUUAACACUACUUGCCCUGUACAAUAUUUUCUGUUAUAUGCACCUCUUCCAGUGGUACUGAUCCAUCAGGGGUUUAUUCCUUGCAGGUGUUGAGUAGAAGGAUGAAGAAAUGAGCAAGUUGCAUUUGUUGACAUGAGAGAUUUUAGAGGCCCUAUCUUAGAAGGGGAAACCCUGGUGGUGUAGUGGUUAAGUGCUAACCAAAAGGUCGGCAGUUCAAAUCUACCAGGCGCUCCUUGGAAACUCUAUGGGGCAGUUCUACUCUAUCCUAUAGGGUUGCUAUGAGUUGCAAUCGACUCGACAGCAAUGGGUUUGGUUUUGGUUUAUCUUAGAAGGAUGGAGAGGUGAUGACAGAGGGGACCUAAGCAUCCAAAGAAGUAGAAGUUUCAAAGAGGUUGCAUAACUUAUAUGAAGGUGAGACAACUGCAGAGAGAGAAGGUUAGCAGCCUGUGACCAGAGAAAGAAAUAAUGGAGUCCAACAUUUCAGUGGUGGAAGUUUUCUCACAGGAUGUUGUCUGCCCAGGAGAUAGUGCUUGGUGCUUGGUGUCUGGUGUAGAAGGUGGGAAGAUAACAGACUUGGGAAGGCAUUAUGAAGGUAGCAUGUCAAAUGGGUCUUCUACUUCAGAUGCUGAGAUCAUCAAAAGUUGGUGGUUGGGGUUAGGGAGGAGAUAAAACUGUGUACCUAAGAAUCCAGUGAAGGUAGAGACAGUGAUGAAGAGAAAUGAAAUUAAAAGGGAAAAGGUUUGUUAGGAUGGGUUGACAACACCACAAAACCCACCCCACCGCACCACACCCCAAAGAAGCCCAGGUUUCCAUGGUGGGAACUAGUCUUUACCAAUAAUUUCAGAGACAUCAUACAUUAACCCUCAAUAUUUGGGUUUGUUAGUGUAAAUAUGACUAUUGGGGGCUGAAUUUUGUUUCUUUUUAAAAUUUAUCCUUCUUUCUUUUUUUUUAAUUUUUAUUUUGCUUUAGGUGAAAGCUUACAAAUUAGGUCAAUCUCUCAUACAAAUAUUUAUAUACACCUUGCUAUAUACUCCCAAUUGCUCUCCCCCUAAUGAGACAGCACCCUCCUUCCCUCCACUCUGCAUUUUCGUGUCCAUUUGGCCAGCUUCUUACUUCCCCUGCCCUCUCAUCUCCCCUCCAGGCAAGAGAUGCCAACAUAGUCUCAUGUGUCUGAUUUAUCCAAGAAGCUCAUUCUUCACUGCUAUCAUUUUCUAUCCAUUACUCCAGUCCAAUCCCUGUCUGAAGAGUUGGCUUUAAGUUCCUGUCUUGGGCUAACAGAAGGUCUGGGGCCCAUGAUCUCUGGGGUCCUUCUAGUCUCAGUCAGACCAUUAAAUCUGGUCUUUUUAUGAGAAUUUGAGGUCUGCAUCCCACUGUUCUCCUGCUCCCUCAGAGGCUCUCUGUUGUGCUGCCUGUCAGGGCAGUCAUCAGUUGUAGCUGGGCACCAUCUAGUUCUUCUGGUCUCAGGCUGAUGUAUUCUCUCUUAUGUGGCCAUUUCUGUCUCUUGGGUUCAUAAUUACCUUGUGUCUUUGCUGUCCUUCAUUCUCCUUUUCUCCAGGUGGAUUGAGACUAAUUGAUGCAUCUUAGAUGGCUGCUUGCUAACAUUUAAGACCCUAGGCAGCACUCUCCAAAGUGGGAUGCAGAAUGUUUUCUUAAUAGAUUUUAUUAUGCCAAUUGACCUAGAUGUCCCCUGCUACAGUGGCCUUGGAAGCAUUCAGUUUAUUCAGGAAACUUCUUUGCUUUUGGUUUAGUCCAGUUGUGCUGACCUUGCCUGUAUUGUGUGUUGUCUUUCCCAUCACCUAAAAUAAUUCUUAUCUACUAUCUAAUUGGGUUGUCUAAUUACUGAAUACCCCUCUUGCUCCCUCCCUCCCUACCCCCUCUUGUAACCAUCAAGGAAUAUUUUUUUCUCUGUUUAAACUAUUUCUUCAGUAAUUAUAAUAGUGGUCUUAUAUAAUAUUUGCUUUUUUGAAACUGACUAAUUUCACUCAGCAUAGUGCCUUCCAGAUUCCUCCAUGUUUUGAGAUGUUUUACGGAUUCAUCAUCGUUCUUUAUUGAUACGUGGUAUUCCAUUGUAUGAAUAUACCAUAGUUUAUUUAUCCAUUCAUCCGUUGAUGGGCACCUUGGUUGCUUCCAAUUUUUUGCUAUUGUAAACAGUGCUGCAAUGAACAUGGGUAUGCAUAUAUCUGUUCGUGUAAAGGCUCUUAUUUCUCUAGGAUAUAUUCCAAGGAGUGGGAUUGCUGGAUCAUAUGGUAGUUCUAUUUCUAGUUUUUAAGAAAACGCCAAAUUGAUUUCUAAAGUGGUUGUACCAUUUUACAUUUCCUCCCGCAGUGUAUAAGUGUUCCAGUCUCUCCACAACCUCUCCAACAUUUAUUGUUUUGUGUUUGCUGGAUUAAUGCCAGCCUUGUUGGAGUGAGGUGGAAUCUCAUUGUAGUUUUGAUUUGCAUUUCUCUAAUGGCUAACAAUUGUGAGAAUUUCUCUUGUAUCUGUUAGCUACCUGAAUGUCUUCUUUAGUGAAGUGCUGUUCAUAUCCUUUGCCCAUUUAUUAAUUGGGUUAUUUGUCUUUUUCUAGUUGAGUUUUUGCAGUAUCAUGCAGAUUUUAGAGAUCAGAUGCUGAUUGGAAAUAUUGUAGCUAAAUACUUUUUCCCAGUCUGUAGGUAAUCUUUUUACUCUUUUGGUGAAGUCUUUGGAUGAGCAUAGGUGUUUGAUUUUUAGGAGCCCCCAGUUAUCUGGUUUCUCUUCUGCAUUGUUAGUAAUGUUUUAUAUACUGUUUAUGCCAUGUAUUAGGGCUCCUAGCAUUGUCCCUAUUUUUUCUUCCAUGAUCUUUAUCGUUUUAGAUUUUAUAUUUAGGCCUUUGAUCCAUUUUGAGCUCGUUUUUGUGCAUGGUGACAGAUACGGCUAUUGUUUCACUUUUUUGCAGAUGGAUAUCCAGUUAUUUCAGCACCAUUUGUUAAACGGACUGUCUCUUCCCAUUUAACUGACUUUGGGCUUUUGUCAAAUAUCAGCUACUCAUAUGUGGAUGGCUUUAUGUCUGGAUUCUCAAUUCUGUUCCAUUGGUCUAUGUAUCUGUUGCUGUACCAGUACCAGGCUGUUUUCACUACAGUGGCAGCGUAAUAGAUUCUAAAAUCAGGUAGAGUGUGGCCUCCCACUUUGUUCUUCUUUUUCAGUAAUGCUUUACUUAUCCGGGGCCUCUUUACCUUCCGUAUGAAGUUGGCGACUUCUUUCUAUAUCUCAUUAAAAAAUGUUGGAAUUUGGAUCAGAAUUGCAUUGUAUUUAUAUAUCACUUUUGGUAGAAUAGACAUUUUUACAAUGUUAAGUCCUCCUAUCCAUGAGCAAGGUAUGUUUUUCCAAUUAUGUAGGUCUGUUUUAGUUUCUUGCAGUAGCGUCUUGUAGUUCUCUUUGUAUAGGUCUUUUACAUCUCCAGUAAGAUUUAUUCCUAAGUAUUUUAUCUGCUCAGGGGCUACUGUAAAUGGUAUUGAUUUGGUGAUUUCCUCCUCAAUGUUCUUUUUGUUGGUGUAGAGAAAUUCAACUAAUUUUUGUAUGUUUAUCUUGUAAUCCUGAUAUUCUGCUGAACUCUUCUAUUAGUUUCAGUAGUUUUCUUGAGGAUUCCUUAGGGUUUUCUGUGUAUAAGAUCAAGUCAUCUGCAAAUAGAGAUAAUUUUACUUCUUCCUUAUGAAUCUGGAUGCCCUUUAUUUCUUUAUCUAGCCUAAUUGCUCUGGCUAGGACCUCCAGUACAAUGUUGAAUAAGAGAUAAAGCGCAUCCUUGCCUGGUUCCCGAUCUCAAGGGGAGUGCUUUCAGGCUCUCUCCAUUUAGGACGUUGGCUGUUGGCUUUGUAUAAAUGCCCUUUAUUAUGUUGAGGAGUAUUCCUUCUGUUCCCCUUGUGCUGAGAGUUUUUAUCAUUAAUGGUGUUGAACUUUGACAAAUGACUUUUCUGCAUCAAUUGAUAAGAUCCUGUGGUUCUUGUCUUUUGCUUAUUUACAUUUUGGAUUACAUUAAUUGUUUUUCUAAUGUUGAACCAUCCCUGCAUACCUGGUAUGAAUCCCACUUGGUCAUGGUGAAUUAUUUUUUUGAUAUAUUUUUGAAUUCUCUUGGCUAGAAUUUUGUUGAGAAGUUUUGUAUCUAAGUUCAUAAGGGAUAUAGGUCUGUAAUUCUCUUUUUUUGUGGUGUCUUUACCUGGUUUUGGUAUCAGGGAUAUGCUGGCUUCAUAGAAUGAGUUUGGGAGUAUUCCAUCCUUAUCUAUGCUCUGAAAUACCUUUAGUAGUAGUGGUGUUAACUCUUCUCUGAAAGUUUGGUAGAACUCUCCCGUGAAGCCAUCUGGGUCAGUUUUUUUGUUGUUGUUUUAUUCCAUUACCUUUUCAAUUUCUCCUUUUGUUAUGGUCUGUUUAGGUGAUGCAAAUAUCCAUUAAUAAUCGGAACCUGGAAUGUAUGAAGUAUGAAUAUAGGAAAAUUGGAAAUCGUCAAAAAUGAAAUUGAAUGCAUAAACAUCGAUACUUAGGCAUUAGUGCACUGAAAUGGACUGGUAUUGGCCAUUUUGAAUCGGACAAUCAUAUACUCUAUUAUGCCAGGAAUGACAACUUGAAGAGGAAUGUGUUGCAUUCAUCGUCAAAAAGAACGUUUCAUGAUCUAUCCUAAAGUACAACGCUGUCAGUGAUAGGAUAAUAUCCAUAUACCUACAAGGAAGACCAGUUAAUACGACUACUAUUCAAAUUUAUGCACCAAUCACUAGGGCCAAAGAUGAAGAAAUAGAAGAUUUUUAUCAGCUGCUGCAGUCUGAAAUUGAUAGAACAUGCAAUCGAGAUGCAUUGAUAAUUACUGGCAAUUGGAAUCCGAAAGUCAGAAACAAAGAAGAAGGAUCUGUGGUUGGAAAAUAUGGCCUUGGUGAUAGAAACAAUGCCAGAGAUCAAAUGAGAGAAUUUUGCAAGACCAACGACUUCUUCAUUGCAAAUACCUUCUUUACCAACAAAAAUGGAGACUAUACACAUGGACCUUGCCAGAUGGAACACACAGAAAUCAAAUUGACUACAUCUGUGGAAAGAGACAAUGGAAAAGCUCAAUAUCAUCAGUCAGAACAAGGCCAGAGGCCGACUGUGGAACAGACCAUCAAUUGCUCAUAUGCAAGUUCAAGCUGAAACUGAAGAAAAUCAGAGUACCACGUCCAGAAGAGCCAAAAUAUGAUCUUUAGUACAUCCCGCCUGAAUUUACAGACCAUCUGAAGAAUAGAUUUGACGCAUUGAACACUAGCAACUGAAGACCAGAUAAGUUGUGGAAUGACAUCAAGGACAUCAUCCAUGCAGAAAGCAAGAGGUCAUUGAAAAGACAAGAAAGAAAGAAAAGACCAAGAUGGAUGUCAGAGGAGACCCUGAAACUUACUCUUGAAUGUCGAACAGCUAAAGCAAAAGGAAGAAUCGAUGAAGUAAAAGAACUGAACAGAAGAUUUCAAAGGGUGUCUCGAGAAGACAAAGUAAAGUAUUAUAAUGACAUGUGCAAAGAGCUGGAGAUAGAAAACCAAAAGGGAAGAACACGCUUGGUGUCUCUCAAGCUGAAUGAACUGAAGAAAAAAUUCAAGCCUCGAGUUGCAAUAGUGAAGGAUUCUAUGGGGAAAAUAUUAAAUGAUGCAGGAAGCGUCAAAAGAAGAUGGAAGGAAUACACAUUGUCAUUAUACCAAAAAGAAUUAGUCGAUGUUCAACCAUUUCAAGAGGUGGCAUAUGAUCAGGAACCGAUGGUACUGAAGGAAGAAGCCCAAGCUGCUCUGAAGGUAUUGGCGCAAAACAAGGCUCCAGUAAUUGAUGGGAUAUCAAUUGAGAUGUUUCAACAAACAGAUGCAGCACUGGCGGUGCUCACUCAUCCUUGCCAAGAAUUAUGGAAGACAGCUUCCUGGUCAAUUGACUGGAAGAGAUCCAUAUUUAUGCCUAUUCCCAAGAAAGGUGAUCCAACUGAUUGUGGAAAUUACAGAACAAUAUCAUAAAUAUCACACACAAGGAAAAUUUUGCUGAAGAUCAUUCAAAAACAGCUGCAGCAGUAUAUUGACAGGGAACUGCCAGAAAUUCAGGCCGGUGUCAGAAGAGGAUGUGGAACCAGGGAUAUCAUUGCUGAUGUCAGAUGGAUCCUGGCUGAAAGUAGAGAAUACCAGAAGGAUGUUUACCUGUGUUUUAUUGACUAUGCAAAGGCAUUCAACUGUGUGGAUCUUAAUAAAUUAUGGAUAACAUUGCGAAGAAUGGGAAUUCCAGAACACUUAAUUGUGCUCAUGAGGAACCUUUACAUAGAUCAAGAGGCAGUCGUUCGGACUGACAAGGGGAUGCUGAUUGGUUUAAAGUCAGGAAAGGUGUGCGUCAGCGUUGUAUUCUUUCACCAUAUCUAUUCGAUCCUUAUGCUGAGCAAAUAAUCUGAGAAGCUGGACUAUAUGAAGAAGAAUGGGGCAUCAGGAUUGGAGGAAGACUCAUUAACAACCUGUGUUAUGCAGAUGACACAACCUUGCUUGCUGAAAGUGAAGAGGACUUGAAGCACUUACUAAUGAAGAUCAAAGACCACAGCCUUCAGUAUGGAUUGUACCUCAACAUAAAGAAAACAAAAAUCCUCACAAGUGGACCAUUAAGCAACAUCAUGAUAAAGGCAGAAAAGAUCGAAGUUGUCAAGGAUUUCAUUUUCCUUGGAUCCACAAUCAACAGCCAUGGAAGCAGCAGUCAAGAAAUCAAAUGAUGUAUUGCAUUGGGUAAAUCUGCUGCAAAGGACCUCUUUAAAGUGUUGAAGAGCAAAGAUGUCACCUUGAAGACUAAGGUGCACCUGACCCAAGCCAUGGUAUUUUCAAUCACAACAUAUGCAUGUGAAAGCUGGACAAUGAAUAAGGAAGACCGAAGAAGAAUUGAUGCCUUUGAAUUGUGGUAUUGGUGAAGAAUAUUGAAUAUACCAUGGACUGCCAAAAGAACGAACAAAUCUGUCUUAGAAGUACAACCAGAAUGCUCCUUAGAAGCAAAGACGGCGAGACUGCGUCUUACAUACUUUGGACAUGUUGUCAGGAGGGAUCUGUCCCUGGAGAAGGACAUCAUGCUUGGCAGAGUACAGGGUCAGCGGAAAAGAGGAAGACUU